AUGGCUGGCCCACUCCCAUAUGCUCGCGAGGGCGCCAUUGAAGACACCGACCAAGACGAAAGCGAUGACGAGAUCUUUCUCGAGGACGAGGAUGACUACUUCGUCGGAGAUGAUGACGGUGACGACGAUGAUGACAGCGAGGACGUGCUUCUUCAAGACGCUCUCGAAGAGAUGGUAGCGAGAGCCGAGGCGCAGGACUCGUUCGGUGCUGAAUUCGACUCGGACGGCGACUCGGAGUACAUCCCCUCCGAUGAAGAUGGCACCGUCUAUCAAGAUCUGGUCGACGAUGCCGGUGGUCUCGAGAUCGAGAUCGCCGACGAGGACGACGAUGAUGGGGAUGGCGAUGAGGACGACGAGGAUGAAGAAGAUGACGACGAGACAGGCACUCAACGCGGCGGUCACCAAGGGCAAAGCAUCACCAUCGACAUUCGCGAUUUGCUGCGCGCACAUCUUGCCGCUAACAACGAGGAUGGCAGCACCGAAGAUACAGGAACGCUCAGCACAAGAGAAGCCAUUUCAAGAGCGUUGAGUAGUAUGGGCAUUGCAGGUCUCCAACGACUUCUCGCCGCUGCUACCGGCGGUGCGGUCAAUGAAGACGACGACGAGAUGGAAGACGACGAUGAUGACGAGGACGACGACGAGGACAACUGGUACCACAUGGCGCGCUCAUCCCAAAUGGCCGAUUACUGGGAGCCAGUCACAGAGCCGAUCCGAUCAGGUCAAGAGCUGGCGCUCAGUGGUGAGUUUGGACGUCAACCCAAAAGACCGCUCGACUCGCCGCCAUCUGCCUUUGCCGAAAGCAGCAACCUCUCGGAUCUCCUGCAUAAGCGCAAGUAUGCUCGCCGUCACAUCAGCAAAGCAGACAUGGCCUCCUUUGUCCCCAACACCAAUGGCACCAUCGUAGCCUCGUAUCCGGCGCGCGUCUACUGCGGCCAGUACUCGCAAGAUUCAUCCUUCUUCUACACCUGCACGCAGGACUUCCGAGUGCACAUGUACGACACAACAGUAGCAGGACCAAAGACGGUGCAAGUACACGACGAUGGGCCACGGCGGGUCCGCAACAGCUGGUUCUUCAGCUCGAUGGGGACUACGCAGUAUACAUCGCUCAACAUGACCAAGAGUAUCCAGGGCAGGCAAGGCAACUGGACCAUCACCGACGCAAAUCUAAGCCCCGACAAUCAGUGGAUGAUUUACUCGAGCAUCACGCCCUAUGUACAUCUCGUGCCGACAAAGCAGAACUUUGACACGGGAGGAAGGACGCCGAGCGACAACCAGGUCAUGCUGGAUUUCAGUAAUACAGGAGACGAUGACACUGGGAUCUGGUCGAUCCGAUUCUCUGGCGACUCACGCGAGAUCGUCGCAGGCGCCCACUUUGGUGACAUUUACGUCUACGACAUCGAAGCACGUCGGCGAGUUCUCCGCGUUGAAGGCCACUCGGACGACGUCAACGCCGUUGCCUUCGCCGACGCUGCCUCCUCCAAUGUCCUCAUCUCGGGCUCCGACGACUCGUUCGUCAAGAUCUGGGACCGUCGAUCCCUCUCCGGCGGUAAGCCAGCUGGUGUCCUGCUGGGUCACACCGAAGGCGUCACCUACGUCUCGCCCAAAGGCGACGGCCGGUAUUGCAUCUCGAAUGGUAAAGAUCAAUCGUGUCGACUCUGGGACCUCCGUAUGAUGCACUCGUCCUCGAAAUUCGACCGGAUGACGCAUCUCGACUACGGGCUGCGCAAUUGGGACUACCGCAACAUGUCCUACCGCCAGCCGCGCUACCAGGCGCACCCGCAAGACUGUUCCGUCAUGACCUACCGCGGUCAUGCGGUGCUCAAAACGCUCAUCCGCUGUCACUUUUCCCCUGCAGAAACGACAGGUCAGCGUUACAUCUACAGCGGCAGUGCGGACGGCAAGAUCCAUAUCUGGAACCUCGACGGCACGGUAGCCCAAGUACUGGAUCGGUCGAAGGUACGACCGCUGUAUGCGGAGAAAGACCCGGCGAACCAGAUCCACGCGUACAAGGGUCCCGGCUCCGACGACGAUGGGGAGAGCGAAGAUGAUGAUGCGGAUGUGUUCCGCGAACCUGGGCUGGCAUCGGAUCCCUCUGCACCGCCGUUACCGUGGUUCAAGCGCAAACAUCCCAUACGGCAUACCGCCGCAGAGAACGCAUCGAGCUUCGACAACCCCCUCAGCGGCCGACGCGGCGGACGCGCGGGUCGAGGCCACAGAGGCACGGGAGGUGGAGCGGUGUGCACUGUGAGAGACGUCAGCUGGCACCCGCAGGAACCGAGUCUGAUGAGCACCGCUUGGGACGGAAAUGAGGGCGAAUCGGGCAGUAUCGCCAAACACGAGUUGGCCGAUUGGAGUAAGAGGCAUAUGUCGUUGGAGGAUGUACAGGCGCAGAUGGCGGCCGAGGCGAGAGGGUGA